AUGACGCUCCUCCAUGCGUUCACGAUCUUAAUCUCUCUCUAUGUCCUUCUUUGCUUCCUUUCUGUCACUCAUGCCGCUCCCCUUGAAGAACGUGGAUUAGGGGCUCGAGGCUAUUCCGUCACAAGGGAGGGGCCUGCCCUAAAACCAUGGCCUGGCAACACGCUCGUCUAUUGCUUUCAGGAUCCAUCGAUCAAACCGCUCUUCGACGCUGGAUGGGCAAUCUGGGAGUCCAAGCCGGGAUUUCCUGUUCAACGCCGCGAGGUGGAUUGUGCCACCGCGAACAAAAGAACAACCCUGAUUGUCUCUUCGAACACCAACAAGAAGUUGGCGACCACGGUCGGUUUCAAAGAUUCCAGCCAAACAAUGACUAUUGACCUGUCGGCCAAAGUGGGCACAAACGACAUGGCUGUCAACCUGGCACAUGAAAUCGGCCAUGCGCUCGGACUCUACCAUGAACAUCAGAAGCCGACAGCGAGGAAUUUUAUCCGCGUCAACUGCAUAAAUCUCGCCGAUUACGACAAGUUUGCCAACUCAGAAACGUACAAGGACUAUAUGGACGUUUUGUGUACCAACCAGUUUGCAGCAAGUCGCGCCGGUUUCACUGCAUAUGAUGUCUUGCCCUUCGCUGAGGACUACCCCGCCCUUUCAGAUGGAGAUGCUAUUGACUGGUCCUCGAUCAUGCUGUACGGGAGCAACUUUGGAGGGAAAAAGCUUAUGGGAGUUGGACCCAGGCAGAACGUCAUGACUAAAAUGAAUGGCGAUACGUGGAGGGGAAACAGGGUUCCAUCGGACGGCGACAUUGCCCAGCUUCGACGGUUGUACUCGUGA